CAAAAUUAUUUUGAUUUACGCUUACACUCCUCUGCAACUGCGUUUUUGGAUUUCUUUCCGCCAUGGAAGAUCAAGAUGCCCUGGAGAAUGUUUUCCGAUCAUUCCCCACUUUGGUCUCUUUUUCAUCCCCUGUUCAUACGCCUUCACAGCGCCGUCUGUCCAGCAGCUUCACUCAUCCCAGGCCGCCGGUUCCUGCUGCUCGACGGUUAGCUUGGGUUUCUCUUCAAGGGCGACUCGUUAACGCCGAACAAGCCAGCUCGGUUCGAUCUAUUAGAGGCAGCUUCGGCCCUGACGAAGCCAUCGCUUGGCAGUUGUUCAGCCCCAUUGAGCGGUUUCUUAUAGUUGCAGUGAUUGGCGUUGCGGUUUCCGAGUCCAAGAAGAAUCAUCAGAUCGGCCAGCUUCAAAGAGCUGUCGAACUUAGGGAUCAAGUGCUCCUAAGCAUGCAGCAGAAGCUUGAUGAUCUAUGUGAUCAAGUCAUUCCCAUUAAGGAUCAUUGUAGAACUGAGAAUGACAUGGGUUCGAGAAAGAAUGUCGAUUUGGCUGAUUCUGGGGCCUUUGGCGAUGACAAAAUUAAGUUUGUUGAUUGUGGCUGUUGGAUUUGUGAUCAGCAUCACCAUUUGUUCAGUGGUUUGGAGCAGUGUAACACCGCGACAAAGCCCUCUUGCGGGGCAGAGAUGUUGCAAUACAAAAUGCCACUCAUGAACGAAGCAGAGCAAGAGGAGCGUCGCAUGUCUGAUUUGUCAGAUUGGGCUUCCAGUGUCACGUCUGCUGCUGAUAAUGAUAUGCAGAUGAACACCUUAUCAAUUGAACAAGAUAUGUUAUUUCUGAAGAAAGAUUGUAAUGAGAAAGACGCAACCAUCAAAGAAUUGACUAAUCUACUCCAUUCGGCUGAGGUUUCUGGCUCACAGAGGAUGUCUGAGCUGGAAGACAUCAUUCGUCGGAAGAACAUGAUCAUCUCAAAAUUAAAGAAAGACAUGGUCGUUCUUGAACAGAAGGUUAUUCAACUGACAAGACUGCGGAGGCCCUCUUCGUGUGCAUCAAACGCGGAAAUACAGCCGAUUCCUUAUAUGACUGACAACCUUCUUUACGACAUGGAAAGCAGUACAAGUCCUUCAUCUUCCGACUCAGAUUGCUUCCCUUCAGAAAGUUCACAACCUCCUCCCCCAACUAGAAAACAUGAGAUUCAUCGUAUACAAAUUAGCGAGCCCUGUUUAACAAGAACCCAGAAAUCAGCUACUAAGAAGAGACCUUCAACAUCAGAUUCCCGCUCAAAACCUCAGGUGGCAACCCCUCUGAAAGAACUAUCGAUGAACAAUCGAAAAUCAGAAGCCAUGUCGACAUCAUCUAGGCAAAGAGCGGAUAAGGUCCGUGCCAGUGGCGAUUCCACAAAUAGCAGAAGACGCAUUCAAACUGUGGCCAAGGACACACCUCAACGAAAGAGGAAUAUGUAGUAAGAAUGUUAAUAAUACACAGCUACGAAGCUUGAAAAUAUGAAACAUUAAGAACAUGGGUUUCCGGGUAAUCUGUUGAGGAUAAUUUCUUCUCAGCGUGUUCUUCGUUUGUUGGUCCUUUUUUGGAGAAUGUUUAGGAGAGGGUAGUAGAAAUGCUUUUGACAGAAGCUGUUGUACUUAGGUAAAUAUGGGUCGGAGAAUAUGUAGCAGCACAUUUAUCCACAAAAUUGUUAUAUAUCUUACUAUAUAAUGUUAAUGCCGUUGGUUAAUUUGAUGAAA